ACAGACUGGCUCACGCCGCAGCAAACUGAACACACUUGUGGAAUUCCCUAUUGACAAUCUUGACAUGUCUGGCCAUCUGUCACACCGUUUGGACCAAAGUUACCACCUCAAGAAGGAUGAUUACACCUAUGAUCUCAUAGGUGUGAGCAACCAUCAUGGCAACAUGUUUGGAGGUCACUACAUUGCAUUUUGUCGCAGCCCCGUCGAUGGAAAGUGGCGUGAGUUCAAUGAUAACAAAGUAACGGUUUUGGAAGGGGGUAUCGCAACAAAAGAGGCCUAUUUGUUAUUUUAUCAGCGCCGCAGUCUUUCCAAGGACAUCAAUCAGAGGUUGUUCACAGGUGACCACUGGGUGUUCUCAUUAAAUCUUGCCCCUGGCCUGGAAGAGGUGACCUCAUCUUUUAGUGAUGCACCUCAAGAAGAUGACUCCUAUCCCCCACACCGGUCUCGGUCAAGAUCUGCCUCUCCAUCAGCACAUAAACAGGGCAAGGAAAAUCCUAACGCAGCUCAGCGUCGAAGUUUGUCUCGACCAUUGACACCACAGCUUUCAAGACGACCCCUGAUGCCCUACGCAGAUGACAAUGACUUUUAUGAAGACUCCAGCCCGGGCAGCCCUCCGUCGCCCCAGAGGGAAGGUUUCUCCAGGAUAUCUCGACCGGUGCAGCGACAGACCUCCGAGCCUUACUCCAGGAGAGAGAUGUCGGCAGGGCCGAGUUCAUCCACGGCCACAAAAAUAAAAGAGACUAAAUGGAAAGGUGUCAAGGACGAUAGCAGCCUGACAGACCUGAAUAAAACCAGUGCUAAAGGAGAAGUAACCAAUGGCUUCCGAAGACGGGAUUCUGAAAAACACAAACAAAAACCCAAGGUGACGGUGAUUAGGCAUGAGCCAACUAAAUCUAGUACAUUGCCUAUGAAUAUGUCUAGAAACAUUGGCCCUCGAGACUUUGACUCGGACGCCAGAUAUCCAGAAAACAAGAGUUAUCCUUCAGAAAGUAGACAAAUAUCAUCAUCUUACGAAUCCCCAAGUUUUCUACAGGUGAACCUAGCGCAAGAUAUUUCUUGGGACAGAUAUUAUGACAAUUCAAGGGGCUCCGAGGAAGGAAGGAGAAAGCUUGCUCAACUCAUGAAGCAGGAAAGCUUUGAAAAAUCUUUGGGAGAAAUCGGCACAAUAAAAGAAGAGCCGCCAAACUUAGCCCGUACAGGCUCCACAAAGCUUGGGCCAUUUAAAAAUAACAUACAGAGCUCAAACUACACUAAAAAUUCAUCGACUAAUGGUUUUUCUUCAAAAUUUGACACAGAAUUUAACGAGGAAUUGCUUACCUCCAGACAGGAAAUAGCUUUCUUUAAAUAUAGACCCCCUACAACUUCCUCUGCGGGAUACUCACACCUGGACGGGGAUUAUGAGCCAGUCCUUGAAAAGCGACAGCCUAAACCACCGUGGAGACCGGAGCAGUUCCAUAGACUCGCUCAACAGCACUUUGGUGGCAGGGAUGAUAUGCGGCCGUACAACAAAGAAAAGUACAAGUUAACUGAUGAGAUUACCAGCCCAACAGGUGAGUGAAAGAAUUAUUGUCAUUGUGAUGUUUUUAUGUGUAGCAGGAGGUGUGAGUGAAGAGGAUUGUCAUGUGAUGUUUUGAUGUGUAGCAGGAGGUGUGAGUGAAGAGGUGGAAUUCUCGAGUGGUUUAUUUGUCAAUUCACUUGAAGCCACCAGUUGCUGUGUGAAGUAUUACUGUCAGUUGAGUUCACUUGUAGCCACCAGUUGCUGUGUGAAGUCUGGCUGUCAAUUCACUUGUAGCCACCAGUUGCAGUGUGAAGUCUGGCUGUCCAUUCAUUUAGGAAUUUUUCAUAGGGCUUUGGUUGUUGAAGGAGAAAUAAUUUAUUAAUCUCAACAAUUUUCUUCUUAUUGAUUUACUCAAGUCUUAAGUAAGGCCAAUGUUUGCAAUGACCAGCUUGACGGAGAAUUUGUACUAAUUUGAUGUACGCACAGUUAAAAAGAUUUUCUUUCAUGACGGCUGCUUUGAUGGCACACACAGAAACACCAAAGACUUCUCAACCCUGUUAGCACUGCAGCGCUGCAAUGCUUGCGUUUUUAUUGUGUACUUUUACCCACUUCGUGUCCAUUUUCCUGUCCUUUGUUUUCGUAUGGACUUGUGCCCAUUCUUGUUUUUUAAAUCUAUUUUUAGAAAUAGCUAGGAUCUACAAAUAUCAGGUAAAUUUAAUUCAUAAUCACAUUGUUUUUUGUUGUACUUAUGAAGACAUUUGAAUUUUUAUUUUGUUUGAUCAUAAUUUAAGCUUCUCAUCUAUUGUUUUAUUGACACACAUUGUUUGUGUCUAAUUGAUCUAGCAACUGCAAGUCUUCUUGAAAGUCACUUCAUUUUGAUGUAGAUCACUUCAUUUUGAUGUAGAUGACUCCAUUUUGAUGUAGAUCUUUUCAUUUUGAUGUAGAUCACUUCAUUUUGAUGUAGAUCUUUUCAUUUUGAUGUAGAUCACUUAAUUUGAUGUAGAUCACUUCAUUUUGAUGUAGAUCACUUCAUUUUGAUGUAGAUCACUUCAUUUUGAUGUAGAUCACUUCAUUUUGAUGUAGAUCACUUCAUUUUGAUGUAGAUCACUUCAUUUUGAUGUAGAUCACUUCAUUUUGAUGUAGAUCACUUCAUUUUGAUGUAGAUCACUUCAUUUUGAUGUAGAUCACUUCAUUUUGAUGUAGAUAUAUUUAAAAAAAAAAAAAUUCUACUAAAGUGGUUGCUGUAAUGGACUGACAUUGGCUUAUGCCUUUUACACUUCCUUUUAUUCAGAUCACAACUUUAAUGGAGACAUGUCCCCUUUCAAAUACGCCACAAUUGGACGAACGGGAGACUUCUUAGAGAGAGGCAGACUUGAUUCAGAUGCAAUGCCUCGUUCCAUCACGUUACCUCAUAUGAUUAAAAACAUUCAGAUAGACGUUCAACCUCCACCUUCUCCAACCCCACCUCACACUUUGAAAGAGGAACGAACGUACGGUCACUCGCCCAUCACAUCUCUACCAUUUUCCACCAGUGAAUACUUUGCCAACACUCGUAUAUCAAACAGGGAAAGAUCAAUAGUCACCUAUGAACAACAUGGACGUCGCACCAGUGACCAAUCCACUUUUUCCUCCGGGUCCCGCACCCUGCCAUCAAACCCAGAAUCCAGGCCGCGCUUCCGGCCUCCGCGAGGAAUAUGGGGGACCAUUGGCAGAAAACCUACGCCGGCCGCAACUGUUAGUAACAUACCAACGCCAUGUCUUAGAGAAUCAUCGGUCUAAAGCUGUUGUGACUAUGGUUUUAGCUCAUGAAAUUAUUGACAGUUUUGUCCAAUGCAAUGUUCAUUCUGUUUGUUAUGGUGUCAUGCUCCAGCCAAAUUCUUCAUUUCUAUUAUUUGCCUACACACCAGCCUGACAUGCUAAAAAACCGCACCAUCAUCACCAUUUCAAUUCUUCAGAUUGAAUGUGUAGAUGUUACAUAAAUCAUACCUGGAGAUGGCUUAUGUUGAUGUUUGUAUUUAAGUACAAUAAUACCUCGCUACUUCGCUUCCUGACUCCCUGGCAGGUUUUCUCCUAGGAUAUAUUCUGUGGAUUUUUUGCUAUUUCACCGGAUUUUUGCAGUAUAUAGGAUACGGAUUUUUAUACAUUAUUAUAUGAAUUAUUUUUGCUGGAAAAUAAAUCAUUUUCUAGUAAAAAAAAUGUGAAAAUGAUAUAAACAUGACGUCAAUUAAAGCGGUAAUGGAGCGUGUAAAGGGUUUAUUAAGCU